GGCAGGACGUGCAUCAUCUCAGGGCAUUGCUGCGACAUGGGCGCGUCGGAGGGAAAGGGUACGUGCGCGAUGCGGGCAACAUGUGCUCCAGUUGUGUUGGGGCGUACUGAAGGCGCGAUGUGGCCAGAUACUCUCGCGCCCAUUUGACCCCCCCGAGCCCUCCUAGCAGUGAAGCGUCAGCACCUGUAGCCGUUAGCGUUAGGAUCAAGUGCACAAGAAAUUCGUGCCGCGCUUUGUUGUCUCCACUCGAACGAGUCUCGGGCGAUGGCUCAGCAUCGCACCUGCGCUCUUCUCUGUGGCAUCCUCGUCAUCGCCCAGUGCCCCCACGCUUCUCUGGCUCGCCGCCCUUCCGCGAUCGAGAGGCUGAGCGAGGCCAGCUUCGUCGAUGGCAGCGCGGUGCUUGAGGUCGCCGCGCCGGGCCACUUCCAGCAACCUGUGCAGCUCAGGAGCAGCGCAGAAAACGCCAGCAGUGCCCUCAUCCAGCGUCACGACCACCUCUUGGACGCGGCCGUGGCCUCCAAUCACACGCUUGGACGUGGAGGCGCGCAGUCGGGGAGGAGUUGCAUCGUAGGAGCCGCGCUCCAGGAGAUGUUCCGAACAAAUGCGAGACUCAAAGGUUUCGUGGCGAACCUAGCCCUGGCCAUGUUCGCAGCUGGAUUGGCGGCGAAUGGCGCAGGCGAGAGUCCGGAGAACUGCUUCGCAACCGCCUGCAUCGCGGGUGGUUUUUGGACGGGAGGGCAGCUUGUCAACGCUUGCGUGAAGGUGAGUGACGAAGCAGUCAGCGGCCGAGGACAGUGCAGGGUCGCUCCCGAGGCUCCCGCUGCCCCAGUGGCAGUGACGAAAGAUGAGGAAACAGGGCAGAUAGAGGUCGUGUGCAGAGCGUAGGUGCGAUGGCAGCUGGCCUCGCAGUAGGAGAAGCGACUCGGAUACCUGUUGCCGAACUUGUGGCGGGAAAGGGCCUCUUCGUCCUCUUGGUCGUGGUCAUCGUCGUGCACGGCCCUGCUGCCAUCGUCGAUGGAGACGGGAGAAGGGG